GUUUGGUGUGUACAAAUCAGAGGUCUAAAGCAGUAACCGCCACAACAAUGGCGCCUGUGAAAGACACAGGAGCCAUUGUAGCUGCCGUCUCUGUGUCUAUGGCCGUUUUAUCCUACUUAUUUAUCAGUUUCACCUCAAAGAAAGCUACCCAUUUCGCCAAUUCUAAAAAUGAUCUGAAAAAUAAAUCAAAAAAAGGACUGAUCGAUGCUGUUGGCAAUACUCCUCUGAUCAGAAUUAAUAGCCUUUCUGAUGCUACUGGCUGUGAAAUUCUUGGGAAGUGUGAGUUUUUGAAUCCUGGAGGCAGUGUGAAAGACAGGGUUGCUGUCAAAAUAAUUGAAGAGGCUUUGGCAUCUGGCAAGUUAUAUCCAGGUGGAGUAGUGACCGAGGGAAGUGUUGGAAGCACUGCUAUCAGCCUCGCUACAGUAGCUCCUGCUUAUGGAUGCAAAUGCCACGUGGUCAUCCCAGAUGAUGUUGCUAUUGAGAAGUCUCAAAUUCUUGAAGCACUGGGAGCUACUGUUGAAAGGGUAAGACCGGUAUCAAUUACCCACAAAGACCACUUCGUAAAUGUUGCAAGGCAACGGGCACAGGAAGCAAACGAGUUAGCUUCAGAGUGUAGGAAUUAUGAUCAAGUUGAUGGCAAAGAUCCUAAACAAAUUAACGGGUACUUAUCUGAAGGAGAAAAACAGGGUUCAGUUUUCCCAAAACAUAGCAGCGGCGGCUUCUUUGCUGACCAGUUCGAAAAUCUGGCAAACUCUCGAGCCCAUUAUGAGGGCACUGGGCGUGAAAUUUGGGAACAAACUAAGGGUAGUUUAGAUGCAUUUGUGGCAGCUGCAGGCACCGGUGGUACUGUAGCUGGUGUUUCGAGGUUUCUAAAGGAAAAGAAUUCAAACAUCAAGUGCUUUCUUAUAGAUCCUCCUGGUUCUGGUUUGUUCAAUAAGAUAACAAGGGGGGUUAUGUACUCUAAAGAGGAGGCUGAAGGAAAAAGGCUGAAGAAUCCAUUUGACACGAUAACAGAAGGAAUAGGAAUUAAUAGAAUAACAGAUAAUUUUAUGAUGGCAAAACUUGAUGGUGCUUUUAGAGGCACAGAUAAGGAGGCUGUGGAAAUGUCAAGUUUUCUUCUGAAGAAUGAUGGCCUCUUUUUGGGUAGUUCUUCAGCCAUGAAUUGUGUUGGGGCUGUUAGAGUUGCGCAGUCGAUUGGCCCUGGUCACACAAUUGUAACCAUUCUUUGCGAUAGUGGGAUGAGGCAUCUAAGUAAGUUUCACAGCGCCGAGUAUCUGUCACAGCACGGUUUAACGCCCACAGCUACUGGAUUGGAGUUUCUAGGUAUCAAAUAAAUAUUUGAGCUUUGCAGCUACAACUACGAUUUUUCAGACUGUCCUCUUAAGGUUUGACUUGGAAAUUUUGGCAGUUAGAUAAUUAAGCAGUGAAAUUAGGUUGAUAACUAUUAGUUUUAGCCAGGAACAUGAUUUAUACAAUAUUUUAUUGAAGAUUGAUAACUGUUAGUUUUAGCCAGGAACAUGAUUCUGUAGAUUUAUUCUGAUUAUUAUUUUGACAUAUUGAAAUUGAAAUGGCAUUGGUCACAAAAUGUUCAGUGCUGGUGUGUUCUCUGUGUACAAUACUUUGAUGAAUGUAUGAACAAUUACAAACUUAUGAUACUUUGAUGGAUAUUCAACAAACAUUUGCAAAA